AUGUCUACAGCAAGCGCGCCUGAGAGCAGGCCUGCGAAACUGACUGGGCGAGAAUUCUAUAAAAGUAUUGGAAGCCCAAAAUAUAUUGUGGCACCUAUGGUGGAGCGAUCAGAAUUUGCCUGGAGAAUGCUCACACGAUCCUUCAUGGAAAAAGACCAAUCACAACGCCUCAUCGCAUACUCGCCCAUGUUCCACGCUAGAUUAUACAAAGAAUCAGAAGGGCACCGUACGCAAUGCAUGCAGCCCAUACGCCAUAACGAUCAAACCGAUACCGAUGUUCCAUAUCUCGACGGCAACCCAGCCAUUGACCGACCCCUCUUCGUCCAGUUCUGCGCAAACGAUCCAGAUGAUUUUCUUGAAGCCGCUCGCUUAGCUGCACCAUAUUGUGAUGCGGUUGAUCUGAAUCUAGGCUGCCCUCAGGGAAUUGCGCGCAAGGGACAUUAUGGUGCAUUCUUGCAAGAGGAUUGGGAUUUAAUCUAUAAUUUGAUCAACAAGCUGCAUACAGAGCUACCCAUACCAGUCACGGCCAAGUUUCGUAUUCAAGAGACCAAAGAGAAGACUCUGGAAUACGCUAAAAUGAUUUUGUCGGCCGGCGCCAGUAUAAUCACAGUUCACGGUCGACGACGAGAGCAAAAGGGACACAAUACAGGAGUUGCAGACUGGAGUUAUGUCAGAUAUUUGAGGGAUAACCUCCCACCUGAAACGGUCAUUUUCGCAAAUGGGAAUAUUCUGGGUCAAGCAGACAUUGAACGCUGUCUGGAAGCUACAGGUGCUGAUGGAGUCAUGAGCGCUGAGGGCAAUCUGUCAGAUCCAAGUAUAUUCGGCAAGGCACCUGAAAUCGGCAACGAGGGACGCGAAUACUGGCGCGGUCGCGAUGGAAGAGGAGGUUACCGCAUGGACGCGGUCUUCAGACGUUAUAUGAAUAUUAUCCAUGAGUACGUUCUCCGCAAUCCGGUGCCAGAGCGCAAACCACUUUUCUUGCCCUCAGAUCCCGUUGCCGAUGUCGUUGAGGAAAGCAAAGGCACACAGAACGGUACAGACCAAAACGGACAGGUCAAUGGCAAGAGAAAAGCCGAAGACGAUGGCCACGAAAAAGCGGCUGAACCACCUAGCAAAAGGCAAAAACGCAACAAAGACACAAAAGUGACAGAUCCUAACCUUACCGCCAUGCAAGGUCAUUUGUUCCAGCUUCUACGUUCUUUGAUUUCUAAACAAACUCAUAUCCGCGAUACACUAGCAAGGACACGUGCAGGUGAUAUUUCAAGGUUUGAGCGGAUCCUGAGCAUGGUCGAAGAUGCCGUCAAAGAAGGAAUAUUAGAAUACGAAAAGAAUCCCGAUGCAUUCGACAAGAAGCCGCAGGAUGCAAAGAACCUUCAAGGAUCCAAAGCGACGAUUGCGGAAUAUAGUCGUCCAUGGUGGGUAUGUCAGCCAUAUGUUCGCCCUUUGCCAGAGGAAGCUUUAGCGAAGGGGGCGAUGCAAGUGAGCAAGAAAGAUCAGCGCAAGGCUGCGGAGGCGGCUGAAGCUGCUGUUCACUCAGUUUCUGAGAAGGUUGAGACCGCGCCUUCUUUGGUGUCUACGUAG